AUGGGCUCGACUGUAAACAUCACCUCGUCAUUCAUUGAGGGUGCGCCCUCUGGAGAACUCCAAGAUGUGAUCAAGGACAUCAAGUCCCUCACUUCCGACAACGACCCGACGCUGAUCUCAAAGCUGAAGCCUGCGUUCGAAAAGUACAAUGAAGAACAGAUGGUGGCUGUGAAGCUCCCUGGGGCGAGCGAUUAUGUUCUGAUAUCAUCCUACAACAAGCUCUCGUCAGGGCAAUACUACGACGCGCAAUCCUCAACGUCCUUCUCCUUCGACCACACGACCUCCAAGGCGUCAGCCCCUCAAUCCUACACCCACGACACAAAACACAGCGACCUCGUCUCAUCCAUCUCGAAACACCUGUCCAGCCACUUUGCAGAACACUACCCGCCGACGUCCUCGCCGUCUGCGUUCACCGUCUGCGCCACACCCGACGACUCGCAGGUCGCGAUUCUGAUAUCCUCCCUAAAAGCCUCCCCCAAGAACUUCCUCAGCGGCCGCUGGAGGACCGCCGUCCUCUACAACCCUUCCUCCAACACCUUAUCCGGCAGCAUCCGGGUCGACGUGCACUACUAUGAAGACGGCAACGUCGCCAUGUCGACCAAGAAGGAUUUUGCCAACGUGUCCGUCGACGGCGGAGGCAGUGGUGACAGCGUGGUGAGGAAGAUUGCCGCAAUCGAGAAACAGUACCAGGAAGAGGUGAAUAGGACGAUCGUGGGCAUGAACGAGACGAGCUUCAAGGCGUUGCGGCGGCAGUUGCCCGUCACGCGGCAGAAAGUCGAAUGGGAGAAGAUUAGAGGCUACGGGCUUGGUGGCGAUCUAAGAGGCGAGGGUAAGAGGUAG